UUUAAUGUGUGGGUUUGGUUUUGGAAUUGCUUCAGAAGAUUUUGGUUUCUAUUUGUGCUGCAUUUUCUGGGUAACCCAGAUGGAGUUUCUUGAGAGAAUUCUGGUGGGUUGUGAAAUUGUGAUGUAUGUGAUAGUGGGUUUGAUGUGGAAUACAAUAAAGGUGAUGACUUGGGAUCCCCAAAUUUGUUGCAUUUUCUGGAGAAGAAAGAAGAAAGGUAGCAGCACUUCAAUGCUCUGGAGCAUAAAGAGCCAGUGGCCUUUGAAUUAAUAAUUCAUAAACUUUUGGAUUGGGAAUGGGUCUCAGUAAAAAAGAACACCUAGUCAAGGCUUAUGAAGCUGCAAAGGCCUGGGGUAUCAGUAAAGAAGAAGUCAAACCUGUCCUCGUGAACUUAUAUAGGGCCAUUGACGGGAGAUUGGAGGAUAUUGCACAAGACGACUACAAGAUUCUAAUCGAGACAUACUUUGAGUUGAAGGAGAAGGUGGAGGAGGACGAGUACAGAGAUCAGAACCCGCGUAAGAGACGUUGUGUGGCUGAUGAGGAAGACCAUACAUCUCCCAGAAGUUCUGAACUAUCCCUCAGACAUUCCAGUGGUAAUAAAAAUGACCCACCUACUAGUCAUUUGGCAUCUGGAGACGGAUCAGUACAUAUUAAGAGGGCAUCAGCUUCUGCAUUCGCGAGUAGUAAUCACACGAACAAUUCCAAGAAGCCAAAGGACAAGUUGUCCACAGAUGAUGCUACAGUUUCUGCAGAACGAACUUCAAUCAGGCGUGCAGGACCGGCGAAUGGAGCUGCUAGAAUACAAAGACCCAAGCCAGACCCAAAUGCUACAUCAAUCACUUUGGAGGAUAAGAAGCUACCGAAAUAUAUACCAGACAUAACAAAAUCAACUGAAAAGGUGGCAAUAUCCUUGGUAGAUGAAAAGGGAAGUGAGAGCUUGCCAAAGUUCAAUUACAUCCCACAAAACACCAUAUACGAUGAUGCCCAUCUGAAUAUUUCACUGUCCCGUAUUGCGGAUGAGGAUUGCUGUCUGGAUUGUUCUGGAGAUUGUCUUUCAUCACCAGUACCAUGUGCAUGUGCUCAUGAAACUGGUGGGGAGUUUGUAUACACACCAGAAGGUCUGCUGAAAGAAGAAUUUCUAUGUAAGCGUCUGUCUGUGAUAUUGGAACUGGAGAAGCAGGAGCAGGUUUACUGUCUAGAUUGUCCCCGUGAGAAGUAUAAGAAUGCAGACAUGCCGGAACGCUGCAAAGGACAUCCUGUCCGGAAGUUCAUCAAAGAAUGCUGGCUAAAAUGUGGAUGUGACAUGCAAUGUGGAAACAGAGUCGUACAAAGGGGGAUUUCAUGCAAGUUGCAGGUGUUCUGGACUACUCAAGGAAAAGGCUGGGGACUGAGAACUUUAGAGGACUUGGAAAAAGGAUCCUUUGUGUGUGAAUAUGUCGGGGAGAUACUGACGAAUACAGAAUUAUAUAAUCGGAAUAUGAAAAGCAAGGGUACUGGAAGACACACAUACCCAGUCACGUUGGAUGCAGACUGGGGAUCUGAACAGGGUCUGAGCGAUGAUGAUGCACUCUGUCUGGAUGCGACGUUUCACGGAAAUGUUGCAAGGUUUAUCAAUCAUAGAUGCUUUGACGCGAACUUAGUUGAUAUUCCAGUUCAAGUGGAGACCCCUGACCGCCAUUAUUAUCAUGUUGCCUUUUUCACUAGCAGGAAAGUGAAAGCCCUUGAAGAGUUGACUUGGGAUUAUACUAUUGAAUUUGAUGAUGACGAGCAUCCUGUAGACGCAUUUUCCUGCCUCUGUGGCAGUCAAUACUGCCGAGACACAAAGCGGAAAGGGAAAAAAGUGGUGAAUCUUGGAUGACCAAUGACAAAGUCUUGUACUUAAACUUGCUUUAAAUGGAACGGAAUUCUCUUUUCCUUUCAAAAAAAAAAACUUGCUUUAAAUGGGGUUCAUAUUGUUAACUUUCGAAGCACAUAUGUGGCUUAUGCCACAUUUGCUGCAGAACUACAGAAUUUUUGUUUUUUUAGUCUUGUAUUGUUGUUUGUUCAGUUGAGAUUAGAGUGUUAGAUAAUGUUAGACAGAUAUCAUAGAUCAGGAUGCAAAGGUGCCUGCUCCUUGAGAUUUUGUAGGAGUGUUGUACAAGGGUUCUGUUCUUUUGAGUCCGCUCACUCCAACUCCAAUGUUAUUGACAUUUUAGACAGCGAUGGAGUAUUCGAGUUCUGAGCU